CUGAUAUAAUAACUCAGAAGAAGGAACGAGCAACCCAAAGGCACAUUCCGUCGUCGUUUUUCUUCUUCUUCUCUCCAUAUUCGAAUCUCUCUCUCUCUCUCUCUCUCUAGGAGCAACUCCUUUGGACAAUCUUUCUCUCUCAUCUGUUUCUGUUUUGAUUUUUAGUUCUGACUUAACACUCUUGUCAUCGCAAUUCUGAUUCUGCUUCAAUUCCUUGUGAUGCAAUCUGGGAUGAACAGUGGUGGAUGAUCAAAGUGUUUCUUCUCGACUUCUCUAUGUUUACUUGAGAGAUCUGACUGAUACGUUAAAUCUCUCCUGGAGCGUCAGAAAAAUAGGACAGCAAUGAAGCGGAUGAGAGAUGAUGUUUACUCAUCUGGGUCUCAGUUUAAACGUCCUUUUGCCUCUUCUCGACGCGAAUCGUCAUAUGUGCAAUCUCCAAUCCCUGCAAGUGGUGGCACCGGAGGAGGAGGAGGAGGAGGAGGAGGGAGCAUUGGUGAUGGGGAAAUCAACUCUCAGAAACUGACAACCCAUGAUGCUUUGUCCUACUUGAAGGAUGUUAAACAGAUGUUUCAAGAUCAGAUGGACAAAUAUGAUAUGUUCCUUUCGGUUAUGAAAGACUUCAAGGCUCAUAGGACCGAUACAUCUGGUGUGAUUGCACGAGUCAAGGAGCUGUUUAAGGGGCAUAACAAUUUGAUUUUCGGGUUUAACACUUUUCUGCCUAAGGGUUGUGAAAUAACUCUUGAUGAAGUAGUAGAAGAAGAAGAAGAAGAAGCUCCACCUAAAAAAACUGUUGAAUUUGAAGAAGCCAUCUCUUUUGUAAAUAAAAUUAAGAGACGGUUCCAGCACAGUGAAGAUGUCUAUAAGUCUUUCUUGGAGAUCUUAAAUAUGUAUCGUAAGGAUGAUAAGGACAUCACUGAGGUUUACAAUGAGGUAUCGACUCUUUUUGAGGACCACCCGGACUUGCUUGAAGAGUUUACUAGGUUUUUGCCAGAGUCUUUGGCGCCUCACUCAGCUGCCCAGUUAAUCCGAAGUCAGGCCCAACGAUAUGAUGACCGAAGAGGAUCAGGCCCUCCUGCUGUGCGUCGAAUGUUAUUAGACAAGGAUCGCCGCCGAGGAGAAAGAGCUGUUGCUUAUCGGGGUGACCGUGAUCAUAGUGUUGAUCGUUCUGACCUUAAUGACGACAAAGCAAUGGUUAAGAUGCACAGAGAUCCGAGGAAACGAGUCGAGAAGGAGAAUAGAGAAAGGAGACGCCGUGAUUUGGACGAUGGAGAAGCAGCACAAGAUAACUUGCACCAUUUUCAAGAGAAAAGGAAGCCAUCCAGAAAAACGGAGGGGUUUGAAGCUGAUUCUGGUCAUGCGUCACAUUCUGAGAAAAACAAUCUAAAAGGCAUGUACAACCAAGCAUUUGUGUUUUGUGAGAAAGUCAAGGAGAAAUUAUGCAGCGAAGAUGAUUAUCAGACAUUCUUGAAGUGUCUCAAUCUUUUCAGCAGUGGUAUUAUCCACAGGAAACAACUGCAGAAUUUUGUUUCUGAUCUGCUUGGCAAAUUCCCUGAUCUCUUGGAUGAGUUCAAUCAGUUCUUCGAGCGUUGUGAGAGUACUGAUGGUUUCCAGCACCUCGCUGGCGUUAUGAGCAAAAAAUCACUUAGCAGUGAUGAACAUAUAUCUAGGCCAAUGAAGGUAGAGGAGAAAGAAAGAGAUCACAAACGUGACCUUGAGGCUGCUAAGGAAAAGGAGCGUUCCACGGAAAAAUACAUGGACAAAUCUAUUCAGGAGCUUGAUCUAUCUGAAUGCGAGCGUUGCACUCCUAGCUACCGGCUCCUUCCUUCGGACUAUCCAAUACCUUCUGUGCGCCACAGACAGAAAUCAGGAGCUGCUGUUCUAAAUGAUCACUGGGUUUCUGUCACCUCAGGAAGUGAAGACUCCUUUAAGCACAUGCGCAGAAACCAAUAUGAAGAAAGCUUGUUUAGAUGUGAAGAUGACAGAUUUGAGUUGGAUAUGCUGUUGGAAUCUGUGGGAUCUGCUGCGAAGAGUGCAGAAGACUUGUUGAAUAUUAUCAUUGAGAAGAAAAUAAGUUUUGAGGGCUCCUUCCCGGUUGAAGAUCACUUCACAGCCCUAAAUUUAAGGUGCAUAGAGAGACUUUAUGGCGACCAUGGUCUAGACGUGACAGACUUAAUACGUAAGAAUCCAGCCGCUGCACUUCCUGUAAUUCUCACUCGUUUGAAGCAGAAACAAGAUGAAUGGACAAAGUGCCGUGGAGAUUUUAAUGUGGUCUGGAAGGAUGUGUAUGCGAAGAACCAUUAUAAAUCACUUGAUCACCGCAGCUUCUAUUUUAAGCAGCAAGAUUCUAAGAAAUUCAGUGCAAAAGCGCUGGUGACUGAAAUCAAGGACCUUAAAGAGAAGUCUCAGAAAGAAGAUGAUGUUCUUCUGUCUAUUUCUGCUGGUUACAGACAACCCAUCGUUCCUCACUUCGAGUAUGAAUAUCUCGACAGAACUAUUCAUGAGGAUCUAUUCAAACUAGUUCAAUUUUCGUGUGAGGAGAUAUGUUCUUCAAAAGAUCAGAUCAGUAAAGUAUUGAGGCUCUGGACCAAUUUCCUGGAGUUGAUGCUUGGUGUUCCACCCAGGGACAAGGGGUCAGAUUCUGUUGAAGAUGUUGCAGAAACCAAACAUCACGGUGCACUUACCAGUGGGGAUGAGUAUGCUUCAUCUGGGGUCUCCAAACAUGGCGGGACUGGUUUGUUGAACAGAGAUUCUUCAGCAAAAGAUAAUUGUAAGGAUGCUGAUACGGCUAGUAAAGAUAUGGCCACCUGUUCUGCUGUAAACCCACAGAAAGAUCUUGAAACUGGAAAUGGAGCCGAUAAAAGAUCCGGAGAUGUUGAUGAAAGAGUAGUCACUUCAAGUGCAUCAUUCCCUAGUGGGGUAGAAAACAACAAUGGUAAAGUAGGAAGCGGAGAUCCGUCAGGUGCACUUGAUAUUUUAUCCAAACCGAGUGACGCUACCGAUAACAUUGACACCCUUCAGCGUACCCAGGUUGGUGAUAUUGGCAGAACUACAGCUAUAGCAAAUGGAGUGCAGUCAGAUGCUUCUAAAGCCAACAUUAAUUACGAUGAAUCUGGUGCUCCAUCCAAAAUUGAGAAGGAGGAAGGUGAACUGUCACCUACUGGUGAUUCCGAAGACACCUAUACUGUUUAUGAAGAUCAGGGAUUGAAGUCUACUGCCAAAUCAGAACAUUCUGUUGAAGCUGAAGGAGAAAAUGAUGGUGAUGAUGCUGACGAUGAGGAAGGUGAUGAUGCUUCAGAAGGUGGUGAGGACGCGUCGGGAACUGAAUCUGUUGGUGACGAGGGUUCACAGGACGAUAAUGGUGUUGAGGAAGAGGGUGAUCAUGGCAAAGCUGAAAGUGAAGGAGAGGCAGAGGGUAUGGAGUCGCAUCUUAUAGAAGACAGUGGGUUGCUUCCAUUGUCAGAACGUGUUCUAUUAUCCGUUAAGCCUCUUUCAAAGCAUGUAGCUGCAGCGGCUCUGCGUGAUGAGGGAAAACAAGAUUCCAGAGUUUUCUACGGGAAUGACGAUUUUUAUGUUCUUUUCAGGCUUCAUCGAAUACUGUACGAGAGAAUCUCCUCUGCAAAAACGUAUUGCACAGGCGGUGACAUGAAUCGGGGAAGCACGAAAAAUUCUUAUGCAAGGUUUAUGAGUGCUCUGUUUAGUCUGCUUAAUGGCUCAGCUGAAAGCUCCAAAUUUGAGGAUGAAUGCAGAGCUAUUAUUGGAAACCAAUCAUAUGUUUUAUUCACCUUGGAAAAACUGAUUUACAAAUUAGUUAAACAGCUUCAAGCUGUUGUAGCUGACGAUACUGACAACAGGCUUCAUCAGUUGUAUGAGUAUGAGAAAUCUCGGAAACCUGGGAGGGUCGUUGACUCGGUGUAUUAUGAAAACGCCAGGAUCCUCCUUCACGAUGAAAACAUUUACCGGUUGGAAUGUUCGUCCUCUCCGCCUCGUCUGUCAAUCCAGCUUAUGGAUAAUGUAAUCGAAAAGCCCGAGGCUUGUGCAGUUUCCAUGGAAACCACGUUUGCAAAUUAUCUGCAAAAGGAGUUUCUUUCCAACUCAUCAGGGAGAAAAUUAGUGCCACAGGCUAUUGUUUUACAACGGAACAUGCGUGGAUACUCUGGUCUGGAUGAUCUUGCAGUAGCCUGCAAGGCAAUGGAAGGUGUAAAAGUAAUUAAUGGCCUUGAGUGCAAGAUGUCUUGCUCUUCCUACAAGAUUUCGUAUGUUUUGGACACGGAGGACUUCUUCCACAGGAAGAAGAAGAAGAAGCAGAAGAAGAGCGACAACCUGUCACAUAGCAGAUCAAUGCAGCAACGCAAGUUGAAUAGAAUAAAAAGAUUCCACAGCUUUCUUUCAGCUUCAAGAUGACGACAAGAACAGCAAAAAAAGCUAUCUUCUAUCUUUUACUUCAACAAACAAGGAAGGUUAGAGACAGACCAAGCUCUCUCUCUCUCUCUCUCUCUCUCUCUCUCUCUCUCUCUCUCUCUCUGCAACUUUCUCGUUAGUUUUCUGUGUAGUUCUUUGCACAGUAGUGUGUAUUUUUAACUAAUUUUGGAUCUUGUUAAUGUAUGGUUGUAAAUAUUGGAAACACAUACAUGAUUAUCCUCUUUAGUUUGUAUCUACAAACAUAGAAAGGUUCAAAGGAUUUUAUAUAAAAUGAUUUUCAUUGUU